AUGCGUGCGUUGACACUUCGGCAGGAACUAGAGGAGGCCGUUCCUGGGGCAUUCAACCUCUCUGCAAGCAGUCUGGAAGAAGUCGUGCGGGCGUGGAUAGAGUUCGAACCCGAGUGGGCCGAAGAGGCGAAGAGGAGAUACCUGAACAAGGGCACGUACAGCACAUCUCAAGCUGCAAAGAAGAUUAGGCGUGCGAAAGGGGCGGAGAUGAAAGCUCGGGUGCUGGCGGUAGCGGCGGACGAGUUUCGCGCUGAGAGCAUCGAGCUCCUCGACGGCGUUGGGAUCACGGUGUCGGGGACGAUAAUCCACAACGUUGGCUUCUUCUCGGCGUCGCGGGCACAGAUCCAGGACGCGGAGCGCAACCGCAGGAAACGAUGCGCCGCCUCAGCUGCCGCGAAGCGACGGGGGGAAAACGUGAAGGUGGAGAAGUUCCGCCCCAUCGACAUGCUUCAUGAAGACGAGCAUGGACAGUACUGGUCCUACCACCUCUUCGAGUACGGCAAGAACAAGGAGGGAUACUGGACCGGGCUCAGGAUGCUGGACCACAUGUCAGACGUGCGACAUGUCGGCGCACCGUCGGUGAAGAGAAUGAACUUGGGUGUCGGUGGUGUGAGGAACGGAGAAGAGCUUGCGCCGAUGGACCCCGUGACCAUCCUCGAAGAUACCCCGAACCUCCCAGCCGGCACGGUACAGCACUUGGUGUUUCGGAGGGGGGACGAUCCCCCCUUCCACUCCCCGCAUCUCAAGCCGGCGCAAUAUGUCGGAAAGUUGAAAGGAAUGCGGCAGAUUUUGUGGGAGAGGGGGCUCCUGGUCAAAGGCAUGAGUAAGACGAGGGGCUCGGGCGAAAAGCAGGACCUCAGCAAGAGCAUGGAGCACGUUUUGGGAGAGCAGAAGGACUUCAAGGAAGUUGAUUCUAGUCUGGUGCUGUUGAUGCAGCGCCACGGGGGGGCCUGUCUCAUGCUUCCUAAGUACCACUGCGAGUGUAACCCCAUCGAGCCUGUUUGGGGCCGAGCUAAGGACUGGACUCGAAAGAACUGCAAAUAUUCGUUGGAAUGCUUGCGCAAGAACGUGCCGCUGAGUUUUAGACCAGAGAAGGCGUACAAGAAGUACAAGUCGCACAGGCGCCCGACCCCGAAGGAAUGGAGGCCGUCGAGUCGAUGGCGCAUUCUUGUUCAUUGAGCUGUAUUUGUGCAGUUUUUUUCCGUGUUUCUGGUGGGAAUGUUGUACAAAAAUGGAACAUUUUUGUUGAAAACGGCCAAUUUUUGUGAUAUAUGUACGCUGUAGGUGCGGUAGAGGCAUUUGCAUAGUGUUUGAGGGCGUUCCUGUGCACGUGUGGGUGGUUUGGUGCGAAAAAAAAAAAAUGGAUUAGCAACAUAUAUGGGGGAAAAGUUGCUCUAGGGCCAAUUUCGUGGGUUCGAGACACGCCGCGAGCAUCUUUUUUUCUUUUUUUCCCUCUUUUGGCGACUCGCUACGCUUUUGCGCCUUGCCGCGGGCGUUCCGAAGCUGUUUUUCUUUUUCUUUUACUCGCUCUCAGUCAAAAGUUAUGGAGGGACAACCAAAAUCGGGUCCUUGAAAAUUAACACUUUAUGCAGGCGCAUUUUGAAAAACCACAAUAUAGGCACAUUUCCAGUUGUUGUUGUUGUUGUUGUCUUCACAUUAAACCGUAUGUCAGUUGCCGAAUGCCAAAAUCUAGCAAAAGACUCUCAGCCCGUGGUCACGAAAGUGCUAGAGCCAUCUGAGGAUCUAAAGAACACGCACACAUAAAACGAGAAAAAUGUAUCCAAGAGGCCGAAGAGGUACACCAAAAAUCCCUGCAGCACCGUAUGCGUGCCCAAAAACUGAACUGCACGUCCGUCCCACCGUUCGACUACAGUAGCAUCACCCCCUCCCUGUCCCACUCUAUACCAAAACGGAAGAUUGCCGACUACAGCAUACUGCUGUCUGAAGUGCUGUCUG